UUACUGUUAGACACUGCUUACAGGUCGUAAUAAGUGGUUUGGUGCCUUUAAAAUGGGUGAUGCUAUUUAGUAGCUGUUUUUAUGAUUACACAUUGACCACUGUGCGGUGCACAACUUGAUUUGCUUCCUUGGACACAGCGCAAAGUGGUGUCCAGCGACUGAAUCAGAGUAACCCGAUGUUGAUUAAUGGAUGUUCUUGCGUUACAUCUCCCUGACGCCGUUCUGCUAUCUGGCUUAGGAAAGAAAACUCAUGGUUACAGGGGGUAGAAAUAGGCUGCUGCUCUGCGCGCUGCAUGAUAUUUUUGGUAACUUCUCCCAUUCGCGUCGGAGGGGUUACUGGGUGUCUUUGCCAGCUCUAGACUGUCGCCUACAACGACUCUGUGCACGGGAGGGACGCGACACAUUGCGUCCUGAGAGAACCGCAGAUGGUGCGGCACUGAGGAAAUCCCUAAAUGACUAAAAGAAAGGACACCGUGGGGACUUAGGAACAAGAAUGACUGCUUGACCUUGUCUCUGUGAAGAUAUGGAGGGGACCAAGGCGUCCAGUCCCGUCCCCUGUAUGAGCAGCACAGCGGUGACUGCUCUCCUGAGCGCUGCUGUGUGGCCCACGGGGGAUUUGGCAGGGUUUGGAUAAUUGGCGCAUUCAUUAUGCCACUGGUCACUAGCUGUGUUUGAACUGAAAGUACGAUCAACUGUAUCAGAAACUGGUUUAACGAAUGCAGAAUGUGAUACCAAAUCGCUCAGUGACUUGAUUCUAAUAUCGACUUAAGCAGUUUUCUGUGCUUCAUUUGGAUGCGUUCGAGAAAUGUGGAGUGCGUUUAUGAACAGUUCGGGGCUGCAUGGUGGGGGCGGUGCUGGCAGGGGAUACGUACAGUCUCAGGGAUGGGAAUUUGUGCCCUGCUCCAGAAUGGAUAGGGCAGAUAGAGGCAGGGGCAAAAGUUGCAGCCCGCUGAGGAGGAUCUCCUCUCCGCCCACCGUCUUUAGUCAGCUCUAUGAGCCCCAGUUUGGGGCUUCACCGAGUGGAGAAGGUGGAGCAGGGACACAUCUUGAGAUUCUCAAGGCACAAAUGUGGCCAAGUCCCGAACCCCAGCAGCAGCAGCAGCAGCAGCAAACGCAACACACAAGGCUUAAAAAGAAACUUGAAGAUUUGAAAAGGCGACACGAGCAGGACAAGGAAGAAUGGAUGCGCGAGAAGGAGUCAUUGUUGAGAGAAGUGGCUGACAUACAAGGAGGGGAGAACAAGAGGAUUCUACUAGACCUGAAGGCAGUUUUGGAGGAAGUGCAGGUGGAGUUGAAGAGAGAGGAGGAGAGGAGGAGUGAGCUCCAGCUGCAGUACACCAGAGACAGAUGUGCCUGGGAGUUGGAGAAGGCUGAGCUCAAACGCAGGAUUGCACAGUUAGAGGCUAGAGAGGGUUCUGGCUCGGUCAGUGGAGGGGUCCAGUCAGUAGCUCAUCCUGGCUCUGUGGCAUCACAGAGAGCUCGAGAACAGCACGGUGACACCCCGACUCUCUGCCGGGAACGGGAAGAGCAGCGGAGGCUCCUGACAGACACACACUCGACCGCCAUGGACCUGCGCUGUCGCUUGGAACACAAUGAGAGGAACUGGUUAAGGGAGCGAGCCGAGCUGCUGGAGAGGUUUGAUGUGGAGAGGAGGGAGUGGGAGAGCCAGCUGAAAAAUAUGCAGAAGAAAAUAGAAGAGCUGUACUGUGAAGUGAGGGCCAAUCGUGAGGGGACUGGACUGGACAGUGGAAGGCAGGUUGAUGAUAAUGUUGUGCACAGGCUGAGCAUACACUCUACCAGCUCAGGCUCCAGUCUGCUCAGUGAAAACUCCCACUCUGUGCUGCUCAGCAGCAGCAGUCAAUCAGAACCAAAGAGACACCCACCCUUACCUGGCUUUGGUCACAACAGAAACAUCAGUGGUGGUGGUUGUUGUGGUGGCAGUGAUGGCCACCAGUCCAAUUGUUUCCAAGCAGAUAGCCUCUGUGGCCAUUCCAGACCUGAAAUGGUGGAUGAAUUGAGAAUCGGAGGUACUUGGCAGCAAGUCACUGAUAGUAAAGAAACUGGACCUACAACAGAGUUGGAAGCAAUUUUUCAUGGAGCCCCUGGAUGUGGAGUGCCACAGACAAAUCGCUCUAAGCGGAAUGAAAAGAGUGUUGAAGUUGGUCCACAAGAAAGUCCUCUUUGUGCAGAGCUGAGUUAUGGCAGCGACAAGAAGAAGAACACCACUGCUCUUAAUGCUGCUCUAAAGGAGAUAGCCCGUGUAAGCGAGGAGCUUUGUAGCUACCAGUAUGAGAUCAGAAAGAAGAGCGAAGAUAAGAGGCAGCUUUAUCCACCUCCUGAGAAUGAAACUCCCUGUGACCUCAGCCAGAUCUACAAUGACCUCCAGGCCUUGGAGAGGGAAGCCUGGAUCAACUUGUCACCAGAUAACACCUGGCGAGGCAACAGAGAGCAGAGUGAAUCCUGGAGAAUGAGUGCCACUGAUCCAGGCACACAAACAUGCCCCGGAAUACUUUCUGACAUUGAUACAGCUGCUCCACCCAUUCCUCCUCGCACCUCCUCCUGGAAUCUGAGCACUUCGACUCAUCCAGACACAGAACUCCACAUCCCAGAAUCCCCUGUGAUGACAGUGAGGAAGUGCCAUAGCCCUUGUGUUCUAUUGGACAGAAAGUGUAGCAGCCCAUCCAUUGUCAGGAAGUUUGAAGCUAUGUUACAAGAAAAUGAAGGAAAGGUUUUCAUAGAUGGUGUGCUGGCAUCAUGCUCUGUACCUGCUAACCCUAAGUGUAAUAUGGGCUGCUGCCACGACCACUGGUCCUGUGAUACAGGCAAGCUCAGUAGCAGUAAGUUGUCUACAAAUGGGACAGUACGGAAAAGCUUUUCUGAAGUCAACAUACUGAGUGCUGGGAAAGCCUUGCACUCAGAUUACAGUCCUGGUGUUGAAUACUUAAAGAGACCAGAACUACAGACACCUCUGGUUGUCAAAGAAUUCCCUGUAGGUUUACCACCUGCCAGCCCUAACCUCCAGGACUCCAGAAAAAACAUCAUGCUGGAACAAAAAACAGCUGAGUUCAACAGAGCUUUGUUUCAAGCUGAGAGGGGUCAUGGGGUAGAGGAACAAAGCAGUGUUACUAUCACUGUGGGUUGCCAACCAGUGCAUACAGCAUCAGAUGGCAUUUUACCUUCCAGGGAGACUAAAUUUCAGCCACAUUGCGCUGAUGUCACCACUAGCGAUGUUGUUAUGCAUCCCGAGCUCUCCACAAGUCACAACCCUGAAAACCAAUCAAGGCGAAUGACAUGUGGUCCUGAAGGUCAAGAGGUCAGAAUGAAUCAAGAAAUCCCUUUUGAACGUUUGCCUGAACAGCCACUGGUUAGACUCAGGGAGGCCAACGCAACAUCUUCUCAGGGUCCUACACACCACUUUGAGGUCGGGCACAUAGUUCAAGCCACAACGAGUCCCUCCAUUAAAACACAAGAGAGAGCAGCCACAGAGGCUCUCAUUUCUGAGCCUCUCUUCCCUCCAAAUACCCAGCCAGGUCAGAAUGUGGAUGGUUCCAGCGCUAAGAAUGAAACAGAGCCUCAGCCAGCCAGAAUGGGUGUCUCACUCCAUCAGCUGUCUGCUGAGAACAAACAGAGACAGAUGACAGAGCCAGGGCAUCAGGCACAGCCAAGGCAUGUUUCUGUUCCUCCUUUGCAGCCUGACUUCUCUAGGCCUGGGCCUCGAAUGAUGAAUGACCACCCCUGGAAGCCUCUCACUCUGGCUGCAUACCCACGUCCUGAGGGAUCCAGAUCUAACUACGGGGCAGUGGAAAGGAUUCUGAAAAAUUAUGAGAGUGCAGCUCGGGCUCAACAGAACCAGAGCCAACAGAAUGAGACGACUCCAAGUCCUAAACUCAACGUUAGGCAGGAAGACAAUGUCACAGAGCUGAGCAUGUUGGACAUGGACCCUCUGCCCUUACCUACUGCUCUGAGACACAAACAGAUGUCACACACAUCACACUCCACACAUGCUCAGCUCAGCAGUCACAAUGCCAUGGGUGGAAAAGGGAUCCAGCUUAUUGUGCAGGACAACAAAGAGUCUUUGGUCUCCUCUUCCUCCAUCCAGAAGCACUUCUCAAGGCCUGCCCGUCCAGCCAAUCGACGUCUCCCCUCCCGAUGGGCCAACCGCUCCCCCACUUCUUCCUCCUCCUCCUCCUCCUCCUCGUCCCCCUCUACCACGCCCAUUGUGCCUUCGUCCUUCCGCCUCCAGAAACACACUUCGCCUUUUACUUACUCACAUGCCUUUCACAUAGAGACUGUCAUCAUUUGAUCUCCACCUCAGUCUGUUUGAAACAACCAGUAGCCUUCAGUGACAACCUCUGGACUUGUCCUUUUUUUUCCUUUAUUACUGUUGUACAUACCAAACCCAGACUGCUUCUCCAUGGCUAAAGAUUCAGAAGUGCUUUAGAACAACUCAUCUUUAAAAUGUAGUAUGUGGCAUCUAGUAGAGCCUAACUGACCAAGGACGGCGAGCAAAGGGUCCUGAAGCAGCUUUGGUUAUUUAGCGGUAUGCUCUGGUCAAGCUGGCAUCAUGCAUCCUCAGAGGACAGUGAAAACAUCGCUUUCCAAGGAAACAUUCAAUGCUUCAUACAUUCACGCCAACCAUCUGAAUGGAUCCCCUUGCUCAGGUCUGGAUUCUAGUCUUGACUAGUGAAGCCUUGCAGAAUGCCAACAACAGACUAAUCACUACUCCUUCUCUUCUGUAUAAAGUACUUAUACCUAAAAGUGAUGCUAGCUUAUAUUCAAGCGAUCUACACACGUAAAAUCAAGAUUAAUAGAUUUAAUAUGUACUGUGGAUUCUGUGUGCAACAUGUUUUGCAUUGCAUAAAAUAUGUUGCACACACAGAUUAGAGACUCCUGUUGGUUUCAGAGACAGAUGGUUUCCCUAGCAUCACUCUGUGUGUGCUGAAUGAAGCAGUACUGCUUUUCUGCCCUCUUGAAUAUUACCUAGCUUACACACCUGGACUGCACCUUUCCUGUGACUAAAACAUUUUGCUUUGUGCUCCUGACUGGCUUUACAUUUUAUCAUGAUUAAGCCAAAAUAAUAUUACUUGAUAUCAUCAGAUAGAUUAAAAUGUGAGUUCCUUUUUUAUAACUUUGUACCAAAGGCUGAUUUCUUUAUAUGCAUUUUCAUGAUUUGAAAAUUAAAUACAUUGUGUGUAAUGGCAUUUAUGUUUACUGUUCUAAUGUGUUGCUAUCAAAAUAUAUGUUCAGCCUCACACAUGACAGCCUGCUCUUGUGCUUAACUGAAGUAACAAUGCUUUGAAAGGUGUUUUUUUCUACUUUUACUAACUCUGUAUGGUGACAUGUCAGGAUGUUGCUCAGCUGAGUCAUUUUUCUUUUUAGGUCAGAGUGGUCAAUGAUGAAGAAGGUGAUGCCUUUACUGUUUUUUUUGUGUAAUAAACAUAAGGACGUAACAAUUUCUCUUCUCUUUUCAUGUCACACUAAACUAUUGGCAUUUGCAUUAUUGUACUACAUACUCACAGUUCAGUGUAUGUGUUUUUUAAUGCUGUGCAGCUUUGACUGACUUGUUUGUCAAAUAAUUAGACCUUAUAAUUAGAACUUAUAAAAAUCUUUCCUUGACACCUUAAACCCACUGUGAAAUAUAACUAUCAGUACAACGUAACACUUUAUAGAGGGUAUGUAAUGAUACAGAAGUGAAGUAGCUAUGUAGAUAAACCUUUUUAGUGUUAUUUAAACUUGUAUAUUGUAUUUUUAUUUCCAGUAAGCUCCAAUACAAGCUGCAGUAAGUUAACCUUGCCAUUGCAGUUGCUAUGCCCCAAUGCUAGCCUAUGCAGUCCUUAGCCUACAUGAGGAGCAAUAAUUUAAUAUGUUUUGAACAUCACUGAGACAUUGCACAGAAAUAUUUCUGUGA